AACACCUAUCGUACUUCGCACCCAGCGCGAUUAUAUCAUAAAUAUGAAGUCUCUUAUUUUAAUUUUGCUGACUGGAAUAGUUGUUGUACUAUGUAAAAAAGGUAUAGUCUACGAUAUGGAAAAAAUCGACGAGCUCUUCGAAAAAUUCAUCAAAGACUACGACAGAGUUUACAAAGACGACGAAGACAGAAAGAUUCACUUUGAAGCGUUCAAGGUAAAUGUGGAAAGACUUAAUAAGAGAAACGAUGAAGAUGACGCUAUUUUUGGCAUCGACAAAUUCGCUGAUUAUACUAAGGAAGAAUGGGAUAGCAUGCAGGGCGUACCAGCUGACGCUGUGACCGUGCCGCCACUCGAAUAACGUUUAAAAACCUGUGUUAGAAAUCUUCCCCACAAACAAAUGUGGCAACAAUACAUAAGUAUACAUGGAUUCAGCAGACUUCUCCAGAUUUAUGUAUAACCUAAGUAAUAAUAGAAUAGAAUAAAACAGAGAGUUUUUAUUUCAGGUAUAGACCCAUAUUAAUUGUUAGUAAGAUUCGUUCGUGGUUCAAAAUAAAAUCCUGAUUGCAGCGAGAGUUUCAUGGCAUGACACGUGAAAAAUUUUCCUACCGAGCGAAACAAACAACUUUUCACCUCAUUAUAGCGAGGCAAAUGGUAGAUAAAAAACGGAUUAACGUAAAUAAUGUACGACAGAUCGCAUAGUUGAACGUGUCAUUAAUAUGUUUUUUUUUCAUCGAACGAAAAAGUUAGGUUCAGGGUGCAGAUAAAAGUUCUUGAAAUCGAACUUGACGAUGGACUGUAUACUGAAAGCUUUUCCGAGCUAGGGAGGUGAAAAA